AUGUCGGCCACCGCAGACGCUACCAUCGCCAAAUUCCAGGCCCAGGCGACGGAGAAGGCCAGCAGGUACUACCCGGCGGAGGACGAGAAGACACCCCGAAAGGUCCGCAAGUCUAUCCGUCCAACCCAGUACCGCAAGUCCCUUCAACCCGGUGCCAUUCUCAUCCUCCUCGCUGGCCGCUUCCGUGGCAAGCGCGUCGUUCUCCUCAAGACCCUUGACCAAGGUGUUCUUCUCGUUACCGGUCCUUUCAAAGUAAACGGUGUUCCUCUCCGAAGAGUGAACGCCCGAUAUGUCAUCGCCACCAGCACCAAGGUGGACGUGAGUGGUGUGGACAGCAGCAUUGUUGAGAAGGUUUCGGGCGAGGGUUAUUUCACCAAGGACAAGGUUUCCAAGAAGCCUGGCGAGGAGGCUUUCUUCAAGCAGGGUGAGAAGCCAGAGAAGAAGACGAUAGACAGCAGCCGUGCGGCCGACCAAAAAUCCGUGGACAAGUCCAUCUUAUCAGCAGUAAAGAAGGACCGGGACCUGGUCGCCUACCUGAGCUCAAGCUUCAGUCUACGCAAGGGCCAGAAGCCACACGAGAUGGUCUUCUAGAUGCGCGAGCGUGGGUUGUACGGGGGAAGAAUGGGACUCGGAGUCAAUGGUUGAAAGAAAGUGCAUGGCAAAUCGGCCUUCUAGUGCUGCGGCCGUCUCAAGCAGCCGUUUCUUGACUGGCAUACUUUGGGUCUUUAGGGGUUAUUACGAUACUGUAUCAAGCAGCGAAAAUCCAACAACCAUUUAAAAUCCAACCGAUGUGCGAGGGCGGCUCUCUCAGCAUUUGAUAUGUGACAGAGCUUGCGAACGUAUGCGGUACAGCACAUAUUUUCCUGAUCAAUUCACGCGCGACG